AAGUACAUGGGAGGACUGAUCGGAGGAGGAGCCAUGAUCCUGGUUCCUGCCAUCCACAUUCACCUGACCAGCACCAAGGGCUGCUGCAACAACCGCUGCGGGAUGUUUCUGUCCAUCGGGUUUGCAGCUGUGGGCUUGCUCGGCGCCUUGUACAGUCUGAUCACAUCUAGUCUGGGUCUCGCUAACGGGCCAGUGUGCUUCUGGAGGAAUGACGAUAGCCCCAUCCCACAGUGGGGAGCACCUUUUACGAAUAGCUCUGGUGGCUACCUGAAUGACAAGGAGAUCUGGGACUGGUGUUUAGAACCGGAGAACGUGGUGGAGUUCAACUUGGCCCUGUUCCUCACCCUGCUGUUGGUGGCGAUCCUGCAGGGCGGCCUCUGUGCCAUCCAGAUGGUGAACGGGCUGGUCGGCUGCAUCUGCGGCACCUGCAGAGACGACGACGAUUGAUCUGAAGCGUCAUCCUUCAUUAGAGUCUCAGCACCGUCAGGGGUCGCGACCUCCUCCUCCAUAAUCUGAGCAGCAGAGGAUCCUGAAGAACAAAACCCAGCCCUCCCAGCCCUCCUGGCGUCAUCUUGAUUCUGAUUUUGUUAUUUAAAGAGCUCAUCCUUUACUAUUUUAGGUCCUUCAGAUUACAGAGUUGCUGUUUUCUUUAUUUGGAACUGUAAAUUAUUUUCUUUGAACUAUUUUGUAAUAAAGAUUUGAACAAA